UAGCCGCUGCCCUUAAUAUUUGUCGUCGCAGGGCUCUGAUACCAGUGGAGCAGACAUAAAACAUUAAUAAUAAAAAAAGAAGAAAAACAAAUGAGGCCUGAAUUCCAACAGUUAAAUAAAUCUUAUAGGGAUAUAAAAAUUUGGGACCAUAGACUAUACACUUUCCUAUAAUUUUGAAAACAAAAGUUUUUGGCCAAAAGUAAACGACAGAAAAAAUCAGUGUGUGUGUGCUAAAAAAAGUUCCUGGCUAAUUUUUUUUAUACAUAAAAAUUCUUUUAUUCGGUUUAUUUAGUUAUUUUUGGUGUCCCUAGUUGGGAUUAAAAUUAAUUUAACAUUUUUUAAAAACUAAAAUUAAAUAAUUCUUAAAGGAUUUCAAACGGCUGCUAGUUGGCGGAGACAAACAGGCCAAACGACAAUAAACUUCAAUUCAACAAAUAGCAGCAGCAUUAGCAGCAGCGGUAGUAACAUAAUAAAAGAUCAGCGACCACAAAAUAAAACCAUAAAAAUAAAGACUCUGCACAAAAGCACAAAGGAGAAGAAGAGAAGACAAGAUUGAAAUUUUUCGCCUAAAGGUUUUUUGCAAUGAAAUGAAUGUGUCUUGGCUGAAUGCUGUCAUUGGUUCGAUCAUCAAUACGACUGUGACAACUUGUGGCUCGGCCACUGCUCACAUUUACGAGGCUUACCAGCUGCAGCGCGAACAAUUGCUGGGCAACUACACGGUAUCCGGAGUACUACACGACACCGUUGCUGCUCUCCAACCCCAGGCGAUCUAUAGACGUUUCGUAAAUACCUCAACCGAAGCCCUGGAGCACUUGAUAUACGCUAUUGCGGUAUACUUAUUAGUAUGCCUCUCCAUAUACGCCUUAAUCUUCCGCUACAAGGGUUUGGGCAACAUACGAUUGCCAUGGCCAGCAGCAAAUACAACUGCCAAACGAAUUCUAUUCGUAAUCUCACAUCCGGACGAUGAAUGUAUGUUCUUUGGCCCUCUGCUCUAUUCACUAGCACAGCAUAAGCAAUGUCAAAUUUAUUUACUCUGCCUGUCGAAUGGAAAUUUUGAAAAACAAGGUGCCAAACGCCGUGAAGAAUUAUGGCAAGCCUGUACACUGUUAGGUAUUCCCGAAGGCAAUAUUAUACUAGUCAAUGCUACCAACUUACCCGAUGAUCCAAAUGUUGACUGGAAAACCGAUGCGGUAGCCAAUAUUAUUUUGCAUACUGUCGAAUCGUUGGGCAUUCAGGCCAUAUUUACUUUUGAUCGUGACGGUGUUAGUCAACAUCCAAAUCAUUGUGCUGUUUAUUAUGCAGCUGCGUCCUUAUGUUUAGCUAAUUUAUUACCCAAAGAUUGUAAAUUCUAUGCCUUGGACUCUAUAAAUAUUUUAAGGAAAUAUUUAUCUAUUUUUGAUAUAAUCUGUACGUGUUUCAUGUCAAAACAUUGGUGCAUUUUGAGCUGGCAACAAGCAUCCGUCAUACGUUGUGCCAUGAAAAAACACGAAUCACAAAUGAAAUGGUUUCGUUGGCUCUAUAUAAUAUUUUCCCGCUACAUGUUUAUAAACUCAAUGCGUGAAGUCAAUUUGUAUGAUGUUGAAUUAGAAAUGCAAAUACAUGACAAUUGAAACGGUAAACAUGAUUAUGAUUGAUGGAUGGAUCGAUGGAACACAUGCUGUAACCAAAAAUGAAAUUCAAUUUUGCAAAGAAAAAAAAAAACCAUAUUACCUUCGGAAAACACAUCCAAAAAGAAAAAUUUUUAACCUAUAUAAAAAGUGUUUGACACAAAUUUUGUUUAUUUAUUUACUUAUUUUGCAAAGCUUAAAUACUAAACGCGUUAGAAAAGCGUCCAGACGAUUCUACAUGUAAAAGAAAUCAAACCAACAAAACGCUUUAUAAACCUUAGAUACUUUUUUUUUUUAAUUAUAAAUACUUUAAUUUCACUUGUUUUUGUUGUUAUUAUACUUUAGGUAUAAAUAUGUAUUUUUUGUUUUUGUAUAAUUUCAGGUUUAGUUUGUAGUUAACAACAACAAAAUAUUAAUGAUUAAUUUCAUUUUUAUUUUAACAAAAUGUUUUCUUUCCUAUUAAAAGUACACUGUUUAGAUAAAAAAGUAUGUUAAAAAAACAACAAAAUUUUUUUUUAAUAUACAAAUACAAAUUUAAGAAAAUUUCUUCUUAAGGGUACAUAUCCGAACCAUUUCUUUUAGAGCUGGUGAUUUAAACAAAUAAUUAUAUAGUUUCCUUUUUUUUAGAAUAAAACAAUAUGUCUGUAAUUAAAACCUAGCCAAUUAUAUAUGUAUUUUUUCAAAUCCUCACAUACAGUUGGUGAAAUUUAAUUAAAAUCACUUUAACAAUAUUCAAAUAAACGAAAUUGCAAAUGUACUUUUAAAAAUUACAUUUUAAUAUAACAAAAAAAUACCUACAAAUUAAAAACUAAAUAAAAAUCUUAAUCAUUUUAUCCUUAAUUAAAUUUCACCCGCUGUACAGUUUGAGAUUUCCUAACAAUAACACAGUUCCAAUAAAAUGCUUAUAUAUUUUCUAUUUCUUUACAAUUUAUUUCCAAUACUUCCUUUUGUACAUGCAAUAUAAUAUAAUUAUUAUUUAAUUGUUUAGUACACUAUUUAAUGUAUUAUUAAUACAAGUAUAUAGAAAAAAAUAAUUGCAAUUUAUAGCUUUUAAUAUAAAACAAAUGAAAGAAAAACAAAAAAACAACAAAAAUAGUGUAAUAUUAAAUCUAAAGUAUGUUGUGUUUUUUUAACUGAUUUAAUAAACAUCUUUUAGUCAAUAGUGAAAAAAAGUAAUUCAUAAGUUUAGGAUGUACUUUUAUUAAAUAUAUAUACAUAUUUAUAUAAUAAUAAUGGCAGCGAAGCGAUGAAGACAAAAAAUGUUUUAAAUCUUUUUAAUUUGAUUUUUCUUCCUUU